AUCAAGUGCUCGACAGGACGGAUGGGUUUCAGCAAUCGGUGUGACGAUCAGGACCAGGCACUGUACAAACAGAGACGCACUGACGUGGAGGUGAUUGUUCCGAAGCCGGACUUUUCCGGGUGGAAAGCAUCUGCACAUUCUGAGCAGGAUCCACGUAGGCACGCCUACAUGCCGGAACAGGUUUGGUACCUUGUUAUCAAACACUUGCUACUGGCCACAAUGGACACGAUGACCAGAUAACUUCCUGUACAAGCAGUGAUCCGAGGCAGGAUACGCUGAUCGCAUCGCACGUGGUCCGUGUGGGGCAUGGUCAAGCAGGUUAGCCUGCGAAAGAUUAAGUCGCGCCCCGACAUCAACGAUAGCUACGACCGUGGCAAGAGAAUCUUGAAGUAGCACGCCUUCAAGAGUACAAAGCGCUGGCCGUUGAACUGCUCAAGUACCCCGAAAAGGUUAAGGAUUUUUUGGUGGUGAAUAGAUACUCUUUGCCGCUGCUACAAACACUUUACGCAUUUGACUAUUAUCUCAAUACGGCGAAGCUGUUCUCCGCGCUGCAAAAAAUCGGCAACAAUUUGAAAGACUACCUGCACUUGAUCAUCCCGGCCUUGGUCAAGUUGUUCGGACCGAUCGAGGUCCCGAUCGGAGUGGAGUAGUGGACAGGCUUGCAAUAAUAGGCCCUGCAGGUGCAGCCGCUUGAGUGAGCGGGAGGAUCCGGCAGGACAGUGGCGUUUAUACGACCGCCAGAAGCAGAACAACAACGCCGCGGAAGGCCAUCCGGGUGGGGCGAAGACGAAGGGGGACCAGGAACCGAAGGUUGACUUCCGGGCCGCGUGCUUUUCAUGAACAUAGGUCAGGCAGAAGCUCGUGCAGAAGGGCUUCUUGUCAGUGCUGCGGAACGUGCUGGUCAAGCGUACCUGUAGGACGUUCGUAGGUCGGCUGCGAGUUCAAGAUCUAUCUUCUCCAGCUAAUGCCGUAGAUUCUGCGCGUCAGCUCAUCCACCAGCUCCACUACAGUGAAGCUGCUUCCCGUGCUGCUGAAGUUUGUAACAUACGACUUGUCACUUGCCAUUAGCCAAGCCGAGCGAACCGAUCGAGGUUCCGUUCGCAGUAUCGCUGGCCGCCUUUGAAGCGAUCAGUUAUCUUACGGAAUAUUUGGACUUUACAGAUUUCUCCUCGAGGACCAUUUACCCGCUGGUGACCACGAAGCAGGUGUUGCCGAUUUUGGGGAAUAUUUGCUUCGCAAGCACCGGUGAACUCUACUCUACCUGGACUGCACGAUGCACGACCUGCGCAAGAUGUACUCCGAGAUUGGCCGAUGGCCGGAUCGGUGGUGACCUUUUGCGAGAGUGUCGUCGAGACGAGUUCGCUCAUGUGUUUCGCCGAGACUCCCAACAAAAACAACAAGAUUAUGAUGAUUGCGGAACUGCUGGAGAAGGGCCUUGUCGAGGACAUUGAGAACGAAUCGGUUUGCAUACGGUUGAAACGAGAACAAGCUCGGCGAGUUCUUCCAGGUCAGCUACGACUGGUAUCUGGUCGCGGCACCAUCGAUUUGGGCCUUUGGUCCGGACAACACCAGCUCAAACAAAGCCCUGCUCGGCGCCGUCAAAGACUCCAUCGAGCAAGGAUUCCAGUGGAGCACGCGCGAAAGAACACUCUACGAGGAAUCCCAUUCUAAACGUCAUGUUCAAAAUCCUGGACCAAUCCAACGCCCAUCAGGAACCCUUUCACCGCGGAGGUGGCCCCAACCUCCCGCAGAGUCGCCUACUCCGCCUAAUGGAACCGUACCUAUUCGUUGAAGUGCAAGACCCCGCCGAUUGCGUUUCCUUCGUUUACACCGUCCUCGCCCGGCGACGUGGCCACGUCACCCAGGACGCACCCGUCCCCGGUUCCUCCCUCUACACCAUCAAAGAUUUCAUUCGAGUUGCCGUGGAAGGUUCUUCCGCUCGAUCAACCUCCCAAAGAAACUCUCUUAGAGACAUCCUGCAGCUAAUCACCCGAACCGACACUCCGCGUGACCUCAACAACGAUAUCUUCAAGUGUCACUCGCUAGUCCUCUUUCACCCGUAAUCAAUUCCGUCGAAUUCCGCCAAACAAGACCUCGGCUCAAGUGCUAAAAAUGAUAAUGAUGAAAUUAUAAUUUAUCAACAUUAAAAUUCAAAUAAAUUCAACAAAAAACUAGUACAGAACGACAAUUUUCUUUUCAGUAUCAUUCCGAACCGCUAACCGUCCCCCGGAACCGUUUUUCUGCUUUCCUGGAGGAUUUUUCCGGUACCCAGCGCAUGUCAAAUUUGACAUCGGCUUCACCAUGUUAAAAUUAAGUUCGGGUACUCGAUGUCAAAUUUGUAUGACUACGGUUUGCGCCGUUUUGAUUGGAUCCACUCAAAUUUGAGUUCCCCUGGUAAGC